AUGGCUUCCCCGAGCAAGGCAGUUAUUGUUCCUGGGAAUGGAGGUGGGGAUGUGGCCACCCACGGCUGGUACGGCUGGGUGAAGAAGGGGCUGGAGCAGAUACCUGGUUUCCAGUGUUUGGCUAAAAACAUGCCUGACCCAAGAUUACCAAAGAGGUACGCAGAAACACACCGAGUAUAUGCUAUUGUGUUAGUGUCUGCAUAUACCUCUGACUUGGGGGAUGAAAACGAGCGUGCCAGUGGAUACUUCAGCCGUCCCUGGCAGUGGGAGAAGAUCAAAGCCAACUGCCCUUACAUUGUGCAGUUUGGCUCCACUGAUGAUCCUUUCCUUCCCUGGAAGGAACAACAAGAAGUGGCUGAUAGGUUGGAAGCCAAAUUGUACAGAUUCACUGACCGUGGCCACUUUCAGAAUAUGGAGUUUCAUGAACUGAUUAGCGUGGUAAAGUCUAUGCUGAAAGUACCAGCAUAGGUAGGAUUACUUCUGCUAUUUUACAUUCCAAUGUAGGGGUAGAGCAAUGAUCAGGUUAUUAAUAGAUAAAAAUUAUCUAUUAUGAGAUGAUUAGUAGACACA